UUCUACCAGGAGCACAGAUGAAUCGAUGCCUUGUAUCCUAACAAGGAGGCAUUUCGUGGGAACUGUACUUCAGUUCCAGCUUCACAGUGCGUUGUGCAAGGCGGCAGGCCAGUUCGAUCCGGAGUACCCCAACACUAAACCACUUUUUAAGUGCGAUAUCUACCGCAGUAAGGAAGCAGGAAAGCUACUUAAAGAUAUGAUGAGUUUGGGGUCGUCCGUGCCAUGGACCGAGGCGCUGUAUAAAGCCACAGGGGAGACCAGGCUAAACGGAAGUCACAUUCGAGAAUACUUCCGCCCUCUAGAGGACUGGCUACGAAAUGAAAACCUAAGGACCAACGAAUAUGUCGGAUGGACUUACGACGGAGAUUACUGUAAACAGAGCAUCGAGACUGCAGGUCUGCAAGUUUAUGGCGGCUAUUACAACAUGGCGACAGUUCUGGGUCCCGCCCUUGAAGCAGUGCAGUUGGCAACACUUGCUGGCAUACUUCAGUAUAUUAUACUUUGGUAAUCAUAUUAAUAUGAUGACAAAUAAAGUAUUUUUAAAACGAAUAAGCAAUAACCUUCGUCAGAAAACAUGGAGAAUUAAAGAAAACGUAAGAAUAAAUUAUAAUCUACCCCAUUAUUAUUAUUAUUAUUUCGUUAUCGUCAUCAUUUUUGUAUUAAUAGCUCCCAGUUAAAGUGAUUUUUGUCUAGAAGAAAUUUUCGGAUCUGGAAUCUAAUAUUGUAAUCUGUCUUGAAGUAUUUUAAAUAUAAUAAGACAAUACCAACAUGAUUUUUAUACAGUUUUAAUGCUUUGAAUACUUUGAAUGCAUAUAAUAAAAUGCAAUCAACUCAAUGCGAAAACUGGUUGAAUAUUGAUAUUUACAGUAUUACUAUAAUGUCCAUUGAUAUUUUAAAUAUAGGCCUCUUUUUUAUCUAUAUCUUGCAGAAUUUAAACUUAAAAUAAAACAAGAAUGAACCAUAAA